CAUUCAGCCUGGGGUGGGAGCGCUCGCGCCGGCCGUUCGCCGCCGACCCAGGGCCGGGUCAAGGGUCAGGUCAGAGGUCAAGGUCGGCGGAGCCCACCUCUGCAGACCAGCUGGUGAUAUGCGGACGGUCGCCGGUGACCUCUGGGGCGACUGGCGAUCCUUAUGAUCACCAUUGCCUCAGACGGUGUGCUGUUCACUGCAGAGGUGGGGGUGAUCAUCUGCUAGUGCCAGCGACCCGCGACAGGUACCAGUGACCUCUAGACCGCCGCGCGAUCUUGGACAGCCCUUGGCUGGCUCUGGCUUUGGGCACGAUGCCCGAAGGUCUCGGGACGGCGGCGCCGUUGCUAAGUGACCUUCUCGCGACCUUACGGCGUGCGUGAGCGAAGUGCUUGGCUGGGACGGGCGAUUUCGAACGAACAGGAAACGACACGAAACCCAGCGCCCCCGUGAGCCUACGCUCAGGAUGGGCAAGCGGCGCGGCGACGUCUGCCUGCUGGAGGAGCGGGAGCGCAAGUACUACGCCGACCACUACCGGUGCUGGCCGCCCCCGCUCUUCAUCGUGUCCGUCACCCUGCUGGAGCUCGGCUUCUUCAUCUACUACACGGCGGCCGGUGGUGCCACGAGCGCCACGACCCCGCGCUUGACCCCAGCCACCCCCUUGACCUCGAUGGGGGUGGUGCCGCUCGACUCGGUGCUGCUGUACCGGCCCGAUCGCCGCUGGCAGCUGUGGAGGUUCGUCACGUACAUGGUGCUGCACGCAAGCUGGUGGCACCUGAUCUUCAACCUCCUGGUGCAGCUGGUGGUGGGCCUGCCGCUGGAGAUGGUGCACGGCUCGGCCCGCGUCCUCACCGUCUACCUGGCCGGUGUCCUGGCGGGCAGUCUCGGAACUUCUGUCUGUGACACCAGCCGCCAGGUGUACCUAGUAGGCGCCUCCGGCGGUGUCUACGCGCUCCUCACUGCACACAUCGCGAAUGUUCUGCUGAAUUACAACCACAUGGAGUUCGGCAUCAUGCGCCUGAUAAUCGUGUUGCUAAUCGCGGGCUGCGACGUCGGAUUCGCUGUGUACCACCGCUAUGCCACGGUCGUGCCAUCCGUGGAUCCGGCCGUAAGCUAUGCUGCGCAUCUGGCCGGCGCGGUGGCGGGCCUGUCGCUCGGCGUGGUCGUCCUCAGAAACUUCGCACAGAAGCUGCACGAGCAGCUGAUGUGGUGGGUGGCGCUGGGGGUGUACCUCGCCUGCACCCUGUUCGCUGUCCUCUUCAACGUCCUUCCGACGACAGAGCACGGAGGGUACGUGUGAAGAGCGCCUUACGUGUGAAGAGCGCCUUCUGAAUGAUAUAACUGUGGAUGGUGGAGGCUGCCCGGACGGCAGCCUUUCGCCAGCCCCAGGAAGAAGCCGAAAUAAAUUUGCGGUCGUGGAGAAAAUGCAAUGAACAGUGUAGGUGCGAUGGAACCUGUGUGAUCUGGUAGCAUUGUGACAGCCGUGGGUACGGAGCGGAGUGCUGAUGAUCUGGGGGCGUGGUGGGUGAGUUCUUCUCACCCGCACUAGAUGUGAUAUUGCUGGGUAUUCGGGACAGAAUCUCGGGACACGGGGUUUGGAGCGUCGUUGCAUUUAAGACUGAUAUUCCGGGCGCGUUUUGCGCGCGGGUCGCGCCGUGAUGUUGCGCAGGUAGUUGUAGACACGCCUCUUGCGCCGCCGGGCUGGCGCAUUUUCUCGCGUUUGGGAUGGGCAGGCUGCUAUUGCGUGGAUAACUGUUCUUUGUCCGUCGAUAGAUGCAAAUUUCCAGAAAUGCUGCGUUGCGGUCUUUGUCGUGCGAUAUUUGUUGGCAAACGUGGAAUGGGUUUCAGCCGUUUGUUCCUUUUCCCGAUCAAAUACCUUACUUGAUGCUCACCCGUUAGAAGUGCGGGAGUCGUCGUAGCGUUGCCCGUGCAUUUGUGUAUACCAAAGAUAAUACUGCCAGUGGAGUCAGCGGCGGUACGCCCUGCCACACUAACCGAGGCACCGGCCCGGCCCGGCCCGGCCCAGCCCAGCUCGGCUCGGCCCGGCCCGGCUCGGCUCGGCUCGGCUCGGCUCGGCUCGGCUCG